AUGGCGGGAUUAGCAGUCACAUCGCCUACAGCGAUCCACCCAGCCCUCAGCACAGGCACCACAACCAGCUCGCCUAGCACUGCUGGAACCAGCCAAAGCAGCAAUCUGACCGCCGGCGGGGCAACGUUCAAGUCCGACAUUGCUACUGAUACCACUGAUGGUACCAAUAAUAAAUCGGCAUCCACUACCACCAAUACCACCACUGCUGCUAUUACUACUUCAGAAUGUCCGCCCGGAUUCCCACCUCAGUCCCUUCCCGACAACAACAACUCCCCCUCCACUUUUGCAUCCUCACAAAUUACCCCCUUCUACCCGAUUGAUCCGCCUCUGAAUCACAACAUCAGCAAUGCCGAGCGGGACGGCGUCCUGCCUGGGCCAUCUGCUUUAGGCCUGUCCAGCCCAAUCUCCGUUGCCGGCGAUCCGGUCCCCGAUCCGGUUCCUACUUCUAUGCGUGGACAUCGCAAGAGCGCCUUGUCCAUUGAGUCCAUUCCACGCCAGACUAUUAUGAAAGCUUUGGCUUCCGUUGCUCGCAACAACAAACCUGAAGCCUUGUCCUUGCCCGGCAUGUUGUCCGCACACUCAGGCGCCGAGGCCCGCCCCUCAUCCUCUUCGUCGCAGCGGCUGGCCGACGCGCUGAAUGAGCUCGCUAAUCGCAACACGCCCACAACGGCUUUUCCUGCCCUGCAGUCGCCUUGCUUUUACCACCAACGCUUCGAGGAUGCCGUGGAUAUCGACAAAGUCUUGGAGGAGAUCAAGAAUGACGAUUGGAUGUCGCAUUCCCGGCUGGUUCAGACAGCCACGGGUGUGCGCGAGGUCUCAAAGCAGCUGCAGCGCAGACCUAUCCGGCGCGCUGUGCGCAAUGUUAUGAUUGUGACCAAAGCCCGCGACAAUGAAUUAGUCUUCCUCACAAGAGAAUUGACUAUGUGGUUGCUAAGGACGCCACGCUACGGAUCUGACAUUGGCGUUAACGUUUACGUCGACGCUAAGCUGCGGAACUCUAAGCGUUUUGGCGCCGCCAGCAUCGUCGAGGAUGAUCCACGCUUCAGCUCAAAACUCCGCUAUUGGUCCCCGGAUCUUUGCUGGAGCCAACCAGAGAAGUUUGAUCUCGUGCUCACCCUUGGCGGUGAUGGCACAGUUUUGUUCACAUCAUGGCUGUUCCAGAGGAUCGUGCCGCCCGUCCUGUCCUUUAGCCUGGGCAGCUUGGGAUUCUUGACGAGCUUCGAGUUUGAAAAGUACAAGCAUCACCUGAAUCGCAUCAUGGGCGAUGAAGGCAUGCGCGUCAACCUUCGUAUGCGUUUCACAUGCACCGUCUAUCGGGAUGGUGCAUCAGGCAACGAAGUGGAGGAAGGCGAGCAAUUCGAGGUUCUCAACGAGCUUGUCAUUGACCGCGGCCCUUCCCCUUACGUCUCAAACCUGGAGCUGUACGGAGACAAUGAGCUCUUGACCGUCGUACAGGCAGACGGAUGCAUCUUCUCUACGCCGACCGGCUCAACUGCAUACUCACUUUCCGCCGGUGGCUCGCUCGUGCAUCCCGACCUUCCGGCCAUUCUCUUGACGCCCAUCUGCCCUCAUACCCUCUCCUUCCGGCCCAUGGUCCUCAGUGACACCAUGCUGCUACGUGUGUCUAUCCCUCGCAACUCCCGCGCCACGGCCUACUGCGCCUUUGACGGCAAGGGCCGUGUCGAGCUGAAGCAGGGUGACCACGUCACCAUCACGGCGUCGCAGUACCCCUUCCCCACCGUCAUGGCCACGGGGACUGAAUGGUUCGACAGCGUGUCGCGGACGCUGCAGUGGAACACGCGGGCUGCCAUGCAAAAAGGAUUCGAGAACAACAAGAACGGCCACGCUGGUGCCGCCAAGGAGGAGGAGGAACCCGAGUGGGAUAUUGACACGGACUCGGCCUGCUACGCCAGCGAGGAGGGUAGCAUCAGCGCGAGUCCCCUCAGGAGACAGAUGAGUCUCCUCGGCAUGUAA